AUGGAGAAAACAAAAACAAUUAAUCUUCUCUUUCUAUCGCUUUUGUCCAUAGCCACAAUAACACAUUGUCGUGUGUUGCUUCAUGUUGGAUCACAAUCAGAUGUUGGCGGACCUCAAAUGGUCAUUCCACCACCUCCGCCACACCAUCAUCUUGAUUCAGACGUUGGUGGACCACAAAUGGUCAUUCCACCACCUCCACCACACCAUCAUCUUGAUACGGAUGUUGGCGGCCCUAAAAUGGUUAUCCCUCCUCCUCCACUGCACAAGCUUCCACAAUCCGAUGUUGGUGGUCCUCAAUUGGUCAUUCCACCCCCUCCACCACACCAUCAUCUUAAUUUGGACGUUGGUGGCCCUCAAAUGGUCAUCCCACCGCCUCCUCCGCACAAACAUCCACAAUCUGAUGUUGGCGGUCUUCAAAUGGUCAUUCCACCCCCUCCUCCACACCAUCAUCUUGAUUCUGACAUAGGUGGCCCUCAAAUGAUCAUUCCACCCCCUCCACCACACCAUCAUCUUGAUUCUAAUGUUGGCGGCCCUCAAAUGGUUAUUCUCCCUCCUCCACCACAUCACAUUCGCCUUUAA